AUGGAGGACUUCAAUGACGAUGAGGAGGUAGAGAAUAUGACGGGAGACAUAGAUUUUAAUCAGAUAUUCAAUGCUAUUGAUCGUUCAAACCAAGUUCAAACCCUUCAGGAUUUAAAGAGUAUCGAUAGAAUGAUUGUAGGAGAUGGUGUUCUUGUAAAGAAAAGUCUCGCUACAGAGAUACGACCUAGCACCAGUAAAAUGAACAAGAGGAAGAGAAAGCAUAGAUACCAAUUAUCCCGUGUGAUACUACCGAGAGUCUCGAAAAGUAAGGCGAUACAUAGAAUUGCUACUAUAUCCAAAGGUGUAGUGGUGUCUAGAAGCCAGCCUCAAAUAAGAAAGUCAAUCAGAUCUUUCAAAAGAAAAUUAUUAAGAUCCGGGGGAAUUAAAAGUAAUAUUGUUUUAUCAAAGGCUUUUUAG